GAGAUAAAAUAAACGGAGAAUCUCGUAUUCGUUUCGGUCUCGCGGGAAAAUGUGUUCCAGUUCCACCGGUCUUGCGUUUCUAUAGAUUUCGCCAUCUUCCCGCCAAAAGUCUUACCGGAAUUUGAUCUCUGAUGGCUUUGCUCUCUCCUUUGCUCGAAAUUCCGCCCAAGAUAAUCUGCAAAACGAACCCUAGAAACGGUAAAAGAUUCAGAAGCUCGUGCUAUAAUGAAAAGUUCGGAAUUGGGGCUAACAGAGUUAGGGUUGCAGUCUGUGCGAGCACCAAGGAUUGCGAUGUUGGGGUUUCGGCUUUGGAAGAGGAUCCGAAGUUUUCUCGGCAAUUUUCUGCUCCGGUGAAGCGCGGUUCGUCAUUGUCAUCAUUGCAGAAUAAAGAGGAAGAAGAGAAGCAGAAUUACUACGUCAAUACGGGCUAUGCGAUUCGGACUCUCAGGGAGGAGUUUCCAGAACUAUUUUACCGGGAGCCUAGUUUUGAUAUUUACAGGGAUGAUAUUGUCUUCAAAGAUCCCUUCAAUGCCUUCAUUGGCAUAGAGAACUACAAGGCAAUCUUCUGGGCUCUACGGUUUCAUGGCAAGAUAUUCUUCAAGGCCUUGUGGGUUGAUAUUCUUAGCGUGUGGCAGCCUAUUGAUAGUGUGAUAAUGGUUCGUUGGACUGUCCAAGGCAUUCCUCGUGUCCCUUGGGAAAGCCGUGGCCGUUUUGAUGGCACUUCCGAAUACAAGCUUGAUAAGAAUGGGAAAAUCUUUGAGCAUCGUGUUGACAACAUCAUUCCCAACUCACCCACAAAGUUCCCGGUUAUGGCUGUGGAGGAAUUGAUCCAAGUCCUUGGCUGCCCUUCUACUCCAAAGCCUACAUAUUUUGAGAUCUCAUCCUCUCCCCCUUCCACUUCUUGUCAGGUUUGUCAGGAUGAAGAGUCAUCUAGCUUUCAACAUUAAUCUUGCUUUGAGAGGUGUUAUGGGGUCUCGAAAGACAAGGUUGCUGAUAGGGUUAUCAAAUUUUGGUUUAUACUGUAAUAUGGUGGAGAAAUUGAGCUUUGGAUCAUUAUCAUCUUCAACAAACGUCUUAUCAGUGUUUGGGAACUUUUCCUAAGUUCAUUUCACCUAGCCCUGACUUUGGAGUUGAUCUAGAGAAUUUGGCUACAAAUUGUCCAUGAUAGACUGAGAAUGAACUUCAGUAACAAAGAUCAUAGUGCCAACUGAGUUUAUUUUGGUCAGGUUCCCACUUGGAACAUUUGAACUCUUUAUAUAUAGUUGUAUACCGUAUAUUUUGUAAUACAUGUAUAAUAACUUCUCUGUGCAUACCUAAUAAAGCUGUUGUCUGGUAUUUUCUUGAUA